UUAUGAUAGUAUUUCGCGCGCGUAAGAUUUCGUUGAACUUCUACGGUUUUAUUUUAAUAUUCUUGUAAUUUCACUGCGGAAUGCAGAUUUUUAUGAUUUUUAAGCCGGGGUAAAAAAAAUGAUAUAAAAAAGUGAUUUUUUUUACUGAAUUACAUAAUGGAAGAUGCGGUGUUCCGUACCAGGUACCAUAAAUAUAAGUGCAAAGUGAAAUUGUGGGAAAAAGAAUUUCGUAAAAAACAUGGACGAAUUCCAUCGAAGCACGAUAUUCGUGAUUCUUCGGCGGACGUACGGGACGCGUAUAAAAUGUACUACAAACUAAAAACGUCACUACUUGAGAACACUUUACAAGAUGCGCUGGAUGAUGACGAUGAUUUUGACUGUUCGCUAGUGUCUCAGAUGGAAUCGAACCUUUCGCAAGAAAGUUUUAUAGAAACUAACUUUUCCAAUUUGAGUGAACUAAAAGAGUCAAAUUUAUCUAUCAGUAGUUUACUAACCGAUAAGAUUGCAGACAAAGUGACCGACUUCGAAGCGGAACAAGAAUUGGAACUGAAUAGUAAAGCAUGGGGCAAAGAAUUGAACAAACCGAAAGCAACGACAGUACAAUCGACAAAAAAAGAACAUGUCAAGCCUAGAUCGAAGCCGCCAACAAUGCUAUUGAUGAGUGCUUCGGGAAUGCUUCCAAAGAGAAACCCUCGGAAAUCGUUUCCUACUAAUUCUUUUGCAAUGUCCACUGCAAAUUUAAAUACACCUGUAGCAUCCAACUGGAAGGAGGCUCUUCCUGAUCUGGAGACACUGUUGAACGAAAAAUCGAAACAAACACAAGAAAUAUCUCCCAUUCAGAAUAUAAAGCUGAAUCUUCCAGCCAAAGAACCACUGAAUCAAUUGGACCAGGGAUGGCUUAAUCGUCAAUCGUCCGAGCUUGGUAUGGUUACAACAAUGGACAGUGAUUCUCGGCCUAAAAAAUAUGGAUUGAGUAACAUCAGUUUACCCUUACUGGAUAGCUCGACUGCGACGACAGUGGACACUUCGAGCAGCUUCGGCAUCUCGUCCUUGAGCAUGAGUUCGUUCUGUGAAAGUAAUAUUGUUGCUCAAAAUACGGCUUAUGAUAGAAAUUUGAAUUCGGACUCGGAUGGGGUAGUUGAAAACAGUGAAGAUGAGGCCGGACGAAACGAUACGUCCAUAGCAGGCAAUGUACGUCAUAUUACCAAAAAAAGGAAAGUGUUCACUAAUACGAAUGUGAAACUAACCAAGGAUGACAAAGUUACUAACCAAGAAACUCUAGCAAUGGAAAAGGAUUUGCACAAAGGAAAGAUAAAUAUUGAAGUGGAAAAUCAGGACCCGGAAAACAUAAACGAACAGAAAGAAAGAGAGCCUCGAGUCGAGAAAAAGGUUACAGCAACUAAAACAAGAAUAAAGAAGAAGAUGCCACAGUCGAAGAAUACCACGCGUAGAGUUUUAACGCGUGCUCGGAAAUUGGUUAGUUAUACGUCCACAGUUAGCGAAGAUGAAGUAGUUGAUGAUCUUGAUGAAAACUUUGACGACGAGGACAAGGAUCCAGAUUUUGUAACGGACAAAAACGACCAUUCGAUGAACGAUCACGAUCCGGAUGAAUGUAACGGCGACAUAUCGGCGGAUGCGCCUAUUGUUGAAGCAACCGCAGCUAAAUCGAAGAAAAAGGAAUCAAAAACAACCCGUAAAGCUCGGAGUAAAUCUAAAGCUGCAUCGGUGUCUCCAGUGAGUGGCCGAAAGCGUCGUUCAGGGAGUGCUAAGAAAAGUCCAGCUUCUCCGCGAAUCGGUGGAAACACCGGAAAAGGCAAAAAGAAAGUUACCAAGACCAAGGCAAUCAAAGGCAAAUCUGCACACCGAGAUGUUUCACCCAAGAGGGAAGAAGAUUUUAAUGAAUAUGUUUUAGAAUUCGGCAUUGAAAGUUUGAAUAAUGUUCCCCGAAUCGACAUAGGCGAGUUGAAGAAAAGUACCGAGACCAUUGAGGAAUUUAUUCAGGGUGUGCCGACUAAAACAGCCACUAGCAGCAGACUCAAAAGUAAUGAUGUAACGACUGCCAAGGAGGCAGCUUUGAAAAAGAAGGUUGCCGCCGGAAAAUUGAACGAGAAUUUUGUCAGAGUAGAUCUCAAGAAGAAAGUUUUUGUGAAGGGUAAAAAAACUAUCAAUUACAGUAGGUACAAAAAGUCGUUGUGGAAAAAGAAGAAAAUUGCUGCCCUCGCUGGACCAGAUAUGGAUAUGGGAGGAUGUGAUGGAGGGGUGCUCACCUGUUUUCAGUGUGGCGGAGUGGGGCAUAUGGCCCGAAGUUGCAAGGUAAAAAGUGAAAAUUUGCUUCCACUUGAUGCCGUUGGCCAGGAAGAAUCCGAAUUUCCUACCUUAGAAGAAGCCGAUUCAAUGGCGAAGGCAAAGUCCCUGGUUGUCCACGCAAACAAAAUUCAGAAUCUUCCGGUAGUAGAUAACCCACUAUGGAAAGAAGAAUCCACUAGCACUAGCACAGGCCAAGGUUCUAGAGUGGGUGAUGCCGACGAAGAGUACGAAGAUCUUCCGCCUAAAACUCAGCAUCUUACCCAAAUCAGACACGUCAUACCAGAUGAUUUCCUUAAAAAAUCCGGAAUACUGGAUUACACUGUUGGAAAUAAGGACAAAAUUGAACCAAUUUUUCAACUCCUGGCGGAUGGUUCUUUACCGCCGACACCAACCGAGGUUCGCAAUGCACUACGAAUGUUCGGUCAUGCCGAAUUUCGUGCCGGACAGGAGCGAGCUAUUAUGCGAGUCCUCUGCGGUGUUUCGACACUAGUUACACUGAGCACAGGAUCUGGAAAAUCACUUUGCUAUCAAUUACCCGCCUAUCUCUAUCGUAAGCACAGGAAAUGUGUCACGUUAGUCAUUUCUCCUCUUGUUUCCCUCAUGGAAGAUCAGGUACAUGGCGUUCCGGACUUUAUAAAUGCCCAAUGUUUGCAUACCAAUCAAACACCGAAAGUUCGAGACAAAACAAUGGCUGCUAUCUCAUCAGGCGAAUUAGAUGUGAUUCUUGUAUCCCCGGAAGCUGUAGUAUCGGGUGAGAAAUCUACCGGAUUCGGCUCCCUUCUACGACAACUGCCUCCGAUUGCAUUUGCGUGUAUAGAUGAAGCCCAUUGCGUGUCUCAGUGGAGUCACAAUUUCCGACCGAGUUAUCUGAUGAUAUGCAGAGUACUGAAGGAAAAGCUGGGUGUUCGAACGAUUCUUGGGUUAACGGCGACAGCCACAUAUCAGACAAGGCAUAGUAUCGUUGACCACUUGGGUAUCCCGGACGGUACAAACGGCAUCAUUAGUGAUAUACCAUUGCCGGACAAUUUAAUUCUAACGGUUUCUAAGGACGCUAACCGUGAUGCAGCUUUGUUGCGGUUGUUACAGUCGGACCGGUUUAGUGAGUUACGUUCAAUCAUCGUUUAUUGCACCCGGCGAGACGAGUGCGAACGUAUAGCAGCUUUCCUGCGUACAUGUUUUCAAGAUCCUCAUAGAACGGAACAGGAGACCAAUGCCGGGAAAAAACGUAAAAGGGUAAAUAUUACAGCUGAACCGUACCAUGCCGGGUUGCCGUCAUCGAGGAGGAAAACUAUUCAGAACGCAUUUAUGAGCGGUGAUUUACGGAUCGUUGUCGCUACGAUCGCUUUCGGAAUGGGCAUCAACAAGUCGGAUAUACGCGCAAUCAUCCAUUACAAUAUGCCAAAGAAUUUUGAAAGUUAUGUGCAGGAAGUUGGUCGCGCUGGUCGCGACGGAUGCAUUUCUCAUUGUCAUGUGUUUUUAGAUAGCAAAGGAAACGAUAGGAAUGAAUUGAAAAGACAUGUCUAUGCAAACUCUAUCGACCGACACGUUAUUAGGAAAUUGUUGCAGAAAAUUUUUGUUCCAUGUGCUUGCGUGAAAAAUUUCGAGGAUAAAAACUUCUCCGAAGAACAUCGAAAACAUGUAGAAUCACUGAACGGUAUCGAUUGGUCGGAUGAUUUUCCGGAGCAACUUGGGGACAAACCAAAUUUCUUGAAACCUAUGGCUAAGAAACGUAUCUGCCCCGGACAUGAAGUAUGUUUUUCGAUAGAGUCAACCAUUCGACAGUUAGAUAUUCCAGAAGAAAACAUUUCCACACUCCUGUGCUAUCUGGAAUUGCACGAAGAACGUUUUAUUCAGGUGUUAAGCCGGGCAUACAUCAUGUGCAAAGUAAUGUCUUAUGCUGGGCCAAAGGCUUUAAAAUCUGCCGCGAAGCAAUGUCCUCCUUUAGCGAUGGCGAUAGCUCUAGAUCUGAAAAAAGGAAUUUCACAUGAUGCGGCAACCUUCAUCGAAUUUCCCGUAAUAGAUGUUGCCGCUUCUAUCGGUUGGGAUAGCGGCGUUGUGAAGUUCCAGUUGAAAAAUCUAGAGUGGACCGUUGAAAACAAUAUUCGAAAACGAUCCGCCAUAAGUGUUAGUUUCUCCGAUUUGGGCUUUCGUAUCCGUGCUCCAGGAGAUUUGACAAAUGAGGAACUGGAUUCUAAUCUAGACUCGUUAUACGCACGUGUCUCAAACCAGGAAAAAACUCAACUCAUACAACUUCAGAGUGUUUUCUCUGCACUGUCUUCAGUGGCCUCAAAAACAUAUUUGCCGUUCAGUGCAGCUGAUUGUCCACAGGGCCCUUCAGAUAAGCUAAAGAAGAUUAUUCGGGAGUAUUUCCAAAUGGAUAUCGCAAACGAAGAUGUGGAGUUAAUACCGGAGCCCGAUGAUACACCCGAUUCUCAGUUACUUAGUGACAUCAGAACACUCAUUCAGCGUUAUCCGGAAAAUAAUUUCAGUGGUAGGUCAGUAGCCAGAAUAUUUCAUGGUGUCCAAAGUCCAAAUUAUCCAGCAGUCAUUUGGGGUAGAUGCAACUUUUGGCGAGCACACACCAGUGCCGAUUUUAAUCGCAUAGUUCGCCUUGCCAAUGCCGAAAUAGUGCGUAUGCGAACAUAAAGAAAAGUAAGUGCACGAACAGCGAUCAUGAAAAUGUAAGUACAUUGCACAAAAGUUCGACUGCGAACACUGCAAUAGUUAAGGCAAAA